AUGGUAGGAUCAUGUGAUGUUCGAUUUCCUAUUCAACUUGAAGGACUUUGUGUGACGCACACUCAGUUCAGUACUUAUGAACCGGAGCUUUUCCCUGGAUUGAUCUAUCGAAUGGUGAAACCUCGUGUGGUGUUGUUGAUUUUCGUCUCGGGCAAGGUUGUGAUAACGGGAGCCAAAUUCAAGAAAGAUAUCGACGAUGCCUUUAGCCAAAUCUAUCCAAUCUUGAAAGGAUUUAAGAAGUAA